AUGCCAGCCCAGCACGAACAGUUCUCACUCUCCUUCCUCGUCCGAGCUGUUGCCGGACUGGCUUCCCACAAGCUUCCUACCCAGGCCCAGCUCUCCAAGAUAAUCACGGCCAUCCUAGACUCACCCCUCUUCGAUGCUGGCAGGGAUAGUCAGACAAGCGGCGCGGAUCACCAGCAGCCAGCACUGCUCAGCUCGAUCGCUGAGUUCCUCGUGGUGUUCAAAAACCUGACAGACACCAAGAACAGGGACAGCCAAGCCCAACGAUUGCUCAGUGCCUUGGUGGUCGACAGCCAUCAGCCCCAACUCAGGCUGCCCACACUCCCCCCAAGUUUAUCAAACCCAUCCUCCAGUUCCCCAACGAUCUUCCUAAAGAAAUUGCUUCUAUCCAGCGUAGAAAUACCGCAUGACGUCAACGCAAUCGUCCAAGAAUCACUCGAUCUCCUCACCGAACUCUUCAACCCAUCAAAACGAAAGAUGACCAAGGAAGACGACCAAACAGUCGAUCGGAUCGUCUCCAAGCUGAUCAAGCUCAUCGUCCAUCUGCGCAGAAGCAUCGGCGGUCUGCUGAGGGAGGAGAUCGAGUCCUUCCGGGUCACUCUUGCCGAGGACUUCGAGGGAUUCAAGGUCAACGACGAGUUCCGUGAAAUCAUCGGGCUCGUUGGUCAGUGUGUCGAUGGCUUCUGCGCUGGAGAGGAUCAUGCCCCCUCUUACUGGCACUCACUCACCGCACCUUGGAACCAACUCAUCGAAUUGUUUACGGAGCAUAAGGAUGAAUUGCUGGCGCCUUUGAAGAAGGUUCAAGUGGUAAUCGUUCAGAUGUUCGACGACUCUGACGACCAGCUGUAUUCGCCCAGGCUGUAUGAGAGCUUAGCUGUCGCAGUCAAAGAGUUCCAGGAAGCGAGUAGGCUGAUUGGCCAGCCGAUGGGAGAGAUCCUCCAAGCCUUGGAGAGAAUCCGGCUUCGGAUCGUCGUCGAAGACCCUUCCUGGCCGGAAGCUUACCAAGCAUUCCAAAGAGUGUCGACCGAGCUCCUAUGCUCUACCACCGCCAACUCGAAAGAUCUUGCUCGACACGUGACCGGAGGGGUGGCCAAGGCAACAUUCAAUACCUUGCUCGAGUAUAUAGUGCCUCGUUUGCUGUUGUUGAUUAACGAAAUACCCUCACCAAGGAUCGAGUACGUAUCCCCUACGAUUGACGCAGUUUUUGACCCGGCAAGUUUCACUUCGACCUCUGGCUUCUUGCCCAGUUCAAUGAUCUCGACAACCGUUCAUCGGUUAGAAGUCAGUCAGCGCUCCUCUGAGGAUCAACCUGGGAGGAUCCCAGGACCCAAUACAUUAUCGGUCCGGCCGAACACUUACCAAAAGAUCUCCAUCGUCGGAUUAAGAGUGCUUUCGAAGAACGUCGGCUUCUACUUCCACAAGAAAGUCGACCAGGAUAAGAACAUUGUCGCUCAGAAGCUUGACUUUACAAACAUUGAAGACGAGGGUAAGGUCGAUAUCUUCCUGGGUAUGGGCGACCAGGAUGGCCUGUCUCUAGACUUGGAGCUCGACUGGAAUUAUCACCGUCAUCUUGAUUGCUCCUCCGAAGUUCCCAGACGGGCGCGCCAUGCUCCGAGCCUCCAGAAUCCGGAUGGAUUGUUUUUGAUCAAGUCUUUCAAAGUUGACUUGAAGGGCUUUGGAGUUUUCCCGCACGACACCAGUCAUCCUGUGCUCAACUGGAUCUUAAAGCCGGGAUUGGAACCAUACAUACAUGGCAAGAUCACGGAAACCCUUCAAGAAUACUUACUGGAUCAAUUGACCAGGCUCAACAACUUGCUGGGUAAGAUGCGGAUCCGAUGGGAAGAAGUGGCAGACUCCGGUCGAGGUACGACGUGGGAGAAGCUCUGGGAAGUGAUCAAGGUGAUUGCGUCUGGCUCGGAGGAGGCCGAGGAGGAAGACCAACCGGAGAGCACGUCGAGGAUCGACGGGAGCGGGUUCGAGCUCGAGGCCGAGGACGGCUCAUACACGAUCCGAAUCGGGAUCGGCCAGAAGAUGCUCCCCGGGAAAGGCCUCGGCGGGCCUGGAGGAUUCAAGGAGCGGCUCGCGAUUAUCGCCGAUGACGCCGGCGCAGCUAUCGACCGUCGGGUGACCGAGAUCGCGGACGGGAUCAAGCAGGCCACACUCGAUGGCGAGCGUCCAGGAUGGCAGUCUGAUGUCUUCGAUCUCUGA